AAAAUAAGAGCUUUAUUUACUUUGAGGGUCACUGAUGAAGAAGGGUGAGGAGGCUCGGUGAGCUCUCAGACUGCCACCAUGUCUUUCCUUGACACUCUGCGUCAGUGGGACGAGGCUGUCACCUGUGUGGACAGAGGUGAUCUUUCAGAAGGUCUCAGGAUUUUCCUUUCUAUCCAAGAACCAAACUCCAAAAUCUAUUUCAACAUUGGCUGUCAACAUCUUCUCAACCAGGAACUGGAUGCAGCUGAGAAGGCCUUUGAUUGCAGCAUUCGGAAAGACGAGCAUUUGGCUGUCGCCUUCUUUCAAAGAGGAAUCGCAUUUUACAGAAAAGAAAGGUACGAGGAGAGUUUAGGCGACUUCAAGCACGCCUUCAAAACACUGAGAGGCAACCAGCUGAUCGAUUACAAAGCUCUAGGUCUCAGAUAUAAGUUAUACGCAUGUGAGGUUCUCCAUAACAUGGCCCUGUGUGAGGCUCAGCUGGGGAACUGGGAGAAAGCUCAGGAGAACCUUGUGAAAGCGCUCAACCUCAAGACAGAGGCCAAGCUCAAUGUCAUCGACAGAGCGCUGCAGUCUACGCUGAAACAGAAGCUUUUCAAACUGGUGGAGUUCCCGUCAAAAGUUCCUUUUAAACCAAAUAAGCACUACGUGGCUGAGCUGGAGAAGAAGGACUACCUGGGCAAAGCAAAGGUCAUUGCCUCUGUAGUUCCUCAGGAUCAAUUCUCUGGAUUUAACCCGUUACAGCCACAGGUGGAAGAUAAUCCAGUUCGUCCAAAAGAACCUGAAGUCCUGAGGGCUUUACAGGGAGAGUCUCACACCGUCCUGUUUGAGUUUAUUCCUGAGACCAGCGAUGAGCUCGCUGUCGUGCCGGGGAACAUCGUGUUUGUGGUGCAGAAAGGAGCUGACAACUGGGCUUCUGUCAUCUUCAAUGAAAGAAGGGGACUUGUUCCUUACAACUACCUGGAACGUUUGGAAAUCUCAUUAGCUUCUGCACAAAAUGAGGGCAUCUCUGUGCCUCCAACUCGAGAACCACCUACCAGACCGGAAAGGAAACAAGGUGGGACUCGUAGUGAUAAUAAGAGUGAGGAUGCACAGAUGAAGGACUUACUGCCUGCAGAUGAUUCGUAUAUCGUCAAAGUCCGAUCCCCUUUCACCUUUGCUGUCUCAGUACCACCUGGAUCUCCUUAUGCAGCACUGAUUGAGAAAAUCAGCAAGAAAUUGCAUCUCCCAUAUAAUGCGAUCACAUUGAGUUUAACCGCUGAGGUGACAGAAGAAAGUGUCAUCGAUGCAAACACAGAAAUGGAAAGUGUGUGGAGUGGAGUCAAAGGUGGACGCAUCACCAUGUGGUGUCAGGCCAAAGAUCAAACUGAUGGAGAGCCUGAGACUGAGAUUCACUUUGUGGCUCUUCAUUCUUAUGAGUCUGUUAAUCCAGAGGAUCUCAAUUUUCAUGAAGGAGACCAAAUCACACUCCUCUCUAGAGUUAACCAGGAUUGGUUUGAGGGUCAGUGUAACGGGAACACUGGAAUAUUUCCGGCAGCCUUUGUGGAAGAAGUUCCUCUCAGUGUCAAGUAGUUUUAAUAAAAUAACAUAAAUAUGAAACAACCCAAGUCAAGCCAGUGACUAAGUUAAAUGUCAAAAUCUAGAAGGCAUGUACCUUCAACCAAAAGCCUUCUCACCACAAACUCCUUUAAACUUAUAAAUAAGUUAAAGCAAAAGUUAGUCCAUUACAUGAGUAACGAUUUCAAAUUAAUUUAACAAUUGAUGUAAAACAUUUUCUAUAAUGCCAAGAUAUGCUGCACCUCUAUAUCAGAUCUCACAAUAAAGUAUUUGGGUGUCGUUCUACUGAUUUGACAAAAAACGCAAUUUUAGGACAAUUUUGUUUUUUACAGUUUGAACUGUGAAACCUAAAAACUCUCAGCAGAUUUAUUGAUUAUUAAAAUGAUCUUCUGUUGCAGCCCUUAACUAAAGAAACAUUAAAUCAUUACAAUAAACUAUUUUUUUUUUCAAAAAUGCAGGAAUGAAAAAGUCAUAACAACUAUGAAUAUAUGAAAAGGUUUAAUCAUUACUUACAUUCAAGAACAAUUACCAGCAAUAUAUAGUGAGUAGCUCAAAGUGCAGGCCGGUAUUAUUAAAUAAUCAGCUGUAGUCUUUGUGUAUUUAAAUCAUGAUGAAGACGUUCCCUCCUCCUCGUAGGCGAUAGCUAUUCCUUUCCUGCCCUUGACGGCCUUCACCACCGGGGUCUCCCCCAACUUUUGCUCCAAACCCCGCCAGCUCCGCUCUGCCAGGAAAGAUGCUGAAAAGAGACAGAAAUACAUGUUUAGAGGAAUUUCAGAUAUUUGUAAAUGUGUGUUUGCUGGUUAGUGAAAUGCUAACAUGCUAAAAGUGUCAUAAGAACUGUAUGUGUUUGAUGUUCAACAACAAAAAUGUAUUUAUGUCAAAAGUAAAUGGAAUUAAAGAAUUCGUACCAGCUGA